AUGACGCCGGGCAGCCUGGCCGUGCGGGGCCGCCAGUACAUGGUCGACGAGUGGGACUUGCUUGAGCACAUGAUGCCGGAGUAUUCGAUGGAGCACAUCAACGGCAACGCCGUCUACAACCUGGAGCCUAACUGGACCAAGUACUUGCGUGAGACUUUCAUGUCGGACGCAAAUAACGACAUGAUGGAAAAGAUGGCUUUCGAUGUGGAAUUUGCAAUGAUUGCCAUUGAUGCAAUGAAUGAAAACUACAUGUUCUAUGCUGGCUCGAUGGCCGCCAUGGGCGACAACAUGACCUACAACUGGCACUCAAUGCAGAUGGGCAGCUACGCGAACACCCUGCCCAACAUCACCUUCGGGUUCCCGACCUACAUUCGCCACGGCUCGAGCAAGAAUUUGUUUGAGAACUUGGAGGAUGACGAAGUCACUUGGGGAGUGGCCUUCUACGACAUGCGUGGACACCUGAAGGAAGCUGUGCCCACGACCCACCCCUUCAACAAGAUCUGGGACCUCGCCUAUUUUGACCAGGCUACCAUGACGGAGGAGAUUGUGGCUCCCGAUGGCCAUGUCACUNNGUACCAUCUUUGCGAGACGGCAAAGAGUGUGGAAACCAAGCGGUUCGCCCUGACCGGUGACUACCAUAUCGUCAAAGCCCCCGAAAGUGUCCUGAUGGUAGAUGACGACGUGCCGGUUGGUCAGUGCAUGCGUGGAUACUCUAGCCCCAAGGAUUUCUACAUCAACAAGAUUGUGGAGGGCGUGGCAACUUUUGCUGCUAUGUCCGACUUCAAGUACUACAAGUAUAAGAGCUUCGCUGGCUGCCGCACGCUGAGAUGUGGAACGCAAGCCAUGCGCGGGCCGACGUACCAUCUUUGCGAGACGGCCAAGAGUGUGGAAACCAAGCGGUUCGCCCUGACCGGUGACUACCAUAUCGUCAAAGCCCCCGAAAGUGUCCUGAUGGUAGAUGACGAC